UGGAUUGAUGAACGAUUUUGUAACAGGAUUCCUUCAAGCUGGAAAUUAUGGAGAAGCUGGCAGAGAUCUCCGCCAGCAUCUCCAUCUUGCAGCGCUCUUCCCAAGCACCCAACGAAGCUCCUUGGUGGGGUGUUUUUGUGCCAUACGGCAUGGUUUCUGGUCCCACACACAGCAAGGGGGCAAUUCAUCAGCAACUUCUACACCCUCCUGACUGACAUUGGUCGCGGCCUUAGCGCAGUGUGGGGAUCGAUCACACUUGACAAGCUGCGUGAAGUAGUGGCCUACCUCAUCAUCCUCUUCCUCCUUCCCAAUUUCCCUCUGGUACAACAGCUCUUGGCCAAGGCUGUCAAGAUUGGAUCAGACAUCUCAUCUGCAAUAAAUGCUUGUACAUAUAUUUUUAUUGUUAUGCUUCACAUUUGUUGA